GCCCGGGCUGGGGCGGGCGGAUGCGAUCAGAGCCGCGCUCGCCGCACUCGGGCAGCGGCUGCGGAGGCGAUGAGAGGCCGGCGGGGCUGAGCCGAGCCGAGCCGCGCCGGGGGAGGCCGAGGGGCUGCGGGCAGCGGCGGCCGCCCGGCCCCGGAUUGAUUUCCGCGGUGCCGGGGGCCGCCGGCAUCCCCCGCCCUGAGCCGGGAGCAGCGGAGCGCCCAGGGCCGAACCAUGUGAGGGACAUUGCCGGGGCUCAGGACACGCGCGGGGGACACAGAGCUCGCCUUUCCCAGGAUGGAUCAGAGGAGGACCUGGCCUCGGCUACUGGACUCUGACAGCUGCUCAGUGGCUCUGCUCUGCCUCCUCCUGGCAUUGCUCUCCAGGAACGUGUCCAGCAAUGCCUCCUUCAACACUUUCCACUCGGAGAACCGGGACUGGACGUUCAACCACCUGACGGUGCACCGGGGCACCGGCGCCGUCUACGUGGGGGCCAUCAACAGGGUCUACAAGCUCUCGGGGAACCUGACCAUCCUGGUGGCUCACAAAACCGGUCCCGAGGAGGACAACAAAUCCUGCUACCCUCCCCUCAUCGUGCAGCCCUGCAGCGAGGUCCUGACGCUCACCAACAACGUCAACAAGCUGCUCAUCAUCGACUACUCCGAGAACCGGCUGCUGGCCUGCGGCAGCCUCUACCAGGGCGUCUGCAAGCUGCUGCGCCUCGACGACCUCUUCAUCCUGGUGGAGCCCUCGCACAAGAAGGAGCAUUACCUGUCCAGCGUCAACAAGACGGGCACCAUGUACGGGGUGAUCGUGCGCUCCGAGGGCGAGGACGGGAAGCUCUUCAUCGGCACGGCCGUGGAUGGCAAGCAGGAUUAUUUCCCCACCCUGUCCAGCCGCAAGCUGCCCCGGGACCCGGAGUCCUCGGCGAUGUUGGAUUACGAGCUCCACAGCGACUUUGUCUCGUCCCUCAUCAAAAUCCCCUCGGACACGCUGGCCCUGGUUUCGCACUUUGACAUUUUUUACAUCUACGGCUUCGCCAGUGGGAACUUCGUGUAUUUCCUGACGGUGCAGCCGGAGACCCCCGAGGGCGUCUCCAUCAACUCCGCCAGCGACCUCUUCUACACCUCGCGCAUUGUCCGCCUGUGCAAGGACGACCCCAAGUUCCACUCGUACGUGUCGCUGCCCUUCGGCUGUGUCAGAGGUGACACCGAGUACCGCCUGCUGCAGGCCGCCUACCUGGCCAAGCCCGGGGAGGUGCUGGCCAGGGCCCUCAACAUCACAGCACAGGAGGACGUGCUCUUUGCCAUCUUCUCCAAGGGGCAGAAGCAGUACCACCAGCCGCCCGACGACUCGGCGCUCUGCGCCUUCCCCAUCCGCACCAUCAACGCCCACAUCAAGGAGCGCCUGCAGUCCUGCUACCAGGGCGAGGGCAACCUGGAGCUCAACUGGCUGCUGGGCAAGGACGUGCAGUGCACCAAAGCGCCAGUCCCCAUCGAUGACAACUUCUGUGGGCUGGACAUCAACCAGCCCCUGGGGGGCUCGGUGCCCGUGGAGGGGGUGACGCUCUUCACCUCCAGCCGCGACCGCAUGACCUCCGUGGCUUCCUACGUCUACAACGGCUACAGCGUGGUCUUCGUGGGCACCAAGACGGGCAGGCUGAAGAAGAUCCGGGCGGAUGGGCCGCCCCAGGGUGGGAUCCAGUACGAGGUGGUGCCGGUGUUCAAGGACGGCAGCCCGGUGCUGCGGGACAUGGCCUUCUCCACGGACCACAAGUACCUGUACGUCAUGUCAGAGCGCCAGGUGUCCAGGGUGCCCGUGGAGUCCUGUGAGCAGUACACGACCUGCCAGGAGUGCCUGAGCUCGGGGGAUCCCCACUGCGGCUGGUGCUCCCUGCACCACAUGUGCUCCCCGAGGGACCGCUGUGAGCGGGCAGAGGAGCCGUUCCGCUUCGCCGGGAGCAUCGGGCAGUGCCUGAGCGUGGCCGUGCAGCCCAGCAGCAUCUCGGUGUCAGAGCACAGCCUCCCGCUCAGGCUGCGGGUGAGUGACGCUCCAGACCUCAGCGCCGGGGUCAGCUGCCUCUUCGGGAACCUCAGCGAGGUGGAGGGGCAGGUGUCGGGCAGCCAGGUGCUCUGCGUGUCCCCGGCAGCCAGAGAUGUCCCUGCCAUCCCCGUGGAUCAGGACUGGUUCGGUGUCGUGCUCCAGCUGAAGUCCCGGGAGACGGGCAGGACCUUCGUCAGCACCGAGUUCAAGUUCUACAACUGCAGCGCCCACCAGCUGUGCCUGUCCUGUGUGAACAGUGCCUUCCGCUGCCACUGGUGCAAGUACAGGAACCUGUGCACCCACGACCCCACCACCUGCUCCUUCCAGGAGGGGAGGAUCAACGUCUCCGAGGACUGCCCGCAGCUGUUCCCCACGGAGGAGAUCCUGAUCCCGGUGGGAGAGGUGAAGCCCAUCACGCUGAAGGCCAGGAACCUGCCGCAGCCCCAGUCGGGCCAGAGGGGCUACGAGUGCGUGCUCAGCAUCCAGGGCAUCGUGCACAGGGUGCCCGCCCUGCGCUUCAACAGCUCCAGCGUGCAGUGCCAGAACAGCUCGUACCUCUAUGAUGGGAUGGACAUCAGCAACCUGGCAGUGGACUUUGCCGUGGUUUGGAACGGGAACUUCGUCAUUGACAACCCGGAGAACCUGAAAGUGCACCUGUACAAGUGCGCGGCGCAGCGCGAGAGCUGCGGGCUGUGCCUCAAGGCCGAGCCGCGGUUCGCGUGCGGCUGGUGCAGCGGCGAGGGGCGCUGCACCCUGCGGCCCCACUGCAGCUCCCCCGGCGCCCUGCCCUGGCUCCACUGGGCUGGACACAACGUCAAGUGCUCCAACCCGCGCAUCACCGAGAUCCUGACGGUGUCGGGGCCCCCGGAAGGAGGGACCAGGGUGACCAUCCGUGGUGUGAACCUGGGCCUGGACUUCUCGGAGAUCGCGCAGGGCGUGCAGGUGGCCGGGGUGCAGUGCACGCCCCUGCCCGAGCACUACGUGGUGGCCGAGCAGAUCGUCUGUGAAAUGGGGCAGGCGCUUCCAGGGAUCAGCUCCGGCCCAGUGCUCCUGUGCAUCGGAGAGUGCAAGCCCGAGUUCACGGCCAAGUCAGCGCAGCACUACGUGUUCGUGACUCCAGCCGUGAGUUUCCUGAGCCCCAGCCGUGGCCCGGAGUCGGGAGGGACCAUGGUGACCAUCUCUGGCCACCACCUGGGCGCUGGCAGCCGCGUCUCCGUGCUCCUGGGGAACCAGACCUGCGAAUUCCUCCAGCGAUCCAUGGAUGAGAUUGUUUGUGUGUCAGCGCCCUCAGCCCACGGCCUGGGGGCUGUUCAGGUCUCUGUCAGCGUGGACAGGGCUCAGCUGGAGAGGACUUUGCUGUUUGAGUACAUCGACGACCCCAAGGUGCAGCACAUCGAGCCCGAGUGGAGCAUCGCCAGCGGCCACACGCCCCUGACUGUCACCGGCUCCAACCUGGACGUGAUCCAGGAGCCGCGGAUCCGCGUCAAGCACAACGGCAAGGAGUUCAUCAACGUGAUCCAUGAUCCCUGCUUCAUCUUCAACAACGUCCAGUCCCUGCUGCUCUACAACCACACCAAGUUCAUCUACUACCCCGACCCCACCUUUGAAAUGCUGAGCUCCACCGGGGUGCUGGAGCAGAAGCCGGGCUCUCCCAUCAUCCUGAAGGGCAGGAACCUGUGCCCGCCCGCCCCGGGAGGAGCCAAGCUCAACUACACGGUGCUGAUCGGGGAGACGCCCUGCGCCGUCACCGUGUCCGAGACACAGCUGCUGUGCGAGCCCCCCACCCUCAGCGGGCAGCACAGAGUGAUGGUGCGUGUUGGGGGGGUCGCCUUCUCCCCUGGCUCGGUGAGCAUCGUCUCUGACAGCCUGCUCACCCUGCCCGCCAUCGUCAGCAUCGCGGCCGGCGGCUCCCUGCUCCUCAUCAUCGUCAUCAUCGUCCUCAUCGCCUACAAGCGCAAGUCCCGCGAGAACGACCUCACCCUCAAGAGGCUGCAGAUGCAGAUGGACAACCUGGAGUCCCGGGUGGCCCUGGAGUGCAAGGAGGCCUUUGCAGAGCUGCAGACGGACAUCAACGAGCUGACCAGCGACCUGGACCGUUCGGGGAUCCCCUACCUGGACUACCGCACCUACGCCAUGCGCGUGCUGUUCCCGGGCAUCGAGGAUCACCCGGUGCUGAGGGAGCUGGAGGUGCAGGGGAACGGGCAGCAGAGCGUGGAGAAGGCCCUGAAGCUCUUUGCCCAGCUGAUCAACAACAAGGUGUUCCUGCUGACCUUCAUCCGCACGCUGGAGCUGCAGCGCAGCUUCUCCAUGCGCGACCGCGGCAACGUGGCCUCGCUGAUCAUGACGGGGCUGCAGGGCAAGCUGGAGUACGCCACUGACGUCCUCAAGCAGCUGCUCUCCGACCUCAUCGAGAAGAACCUGGAGAACAAGAACCACCCCAAGCUGCUCCUGCGCAGGACCGAGUCUGUGGCCGAGAAGAUGCUGACCAACUGGUUUGCCUUCCUGCUCCACAGGUUCCUCAAGGAAUGUGCUGGGGAGCCCCUGUUCAUGCUCUACUGUGCCAUCAAGCAGCAGAUGGAGAAGGGCCCCAUCGAUGCCAUCACGGGGGAGGCGCGGUACUCCCUGAGCGAGGACAAGCUCAUCCGGCAGCAGAUCGAGUACAAGACCCUGAUCCUGAACUGUGUGAACCCAGACAACGAGAACAGCCCAGAGAUCCCUGUGAAGGUGCUGAACUGCGACACCAUCACCCAGGUCAAGGAGAAGAUCCUGGAUGCUGUGUACAAAAACGUCCCCUACUCCCAGAGACCCAGAGCUGUGGACAUGGACUUGGAGUGGCGGCAGGGCCGGAUUGCCCGCGUGGUGCUGCAGGAUGAGGACAUCACCACCAAGAUCGAGGGCGACUGGAAGCGCCUGAACACCCUGGUGCACUACCAGGUGUCAGACCGCUCCGUGGUGGCUCUGGUGCCCAAGCAAACCUCCUCCUACAACAUCCCUGCCUCUGCCAGCAUCUCCCGCACAUCCAUCAGCAGAUAUGACUCCACGUUCCGCUACACGGGCAGCCCCGACAGCCUCCGCUCGCGCGCGCCCAUGAUCACCCCCGACCUGGAGAGCGGCGUCAAGGUCUGGCACCUGGUCAAGAACCACGACCACGGCGACCAGAAGGAAGGGGACAGGGGCAGCAAGAUGGUGUCUGAGAUCUACCUGACCAGGCUGCUGGCUACAAAGGGCACGCUGCAGAAGUUCGUGGAUGACCUGUUUGAGACGCUGUUCAGCACGGUGCACCGCGGCAGCGCCCUGCCCCUGGCCAUCAAGUACAUGUUUGACUUCCUGGACGAGCAGGCGGACAAGCACGGCAUCCACGACACCGACGUCCGGCACACCUGGAAGAGCAACUGCCUUCCCCUCCGCUUCUGGGUGAACGUGAUCAAAAACCCUCAGUUCGUGUUCGACAUCCACAAGGGCAGCAUCACGGACGCCUGCCUGUCCGUGGUGGCUCAGACCUUCAUGGAUUCCUGCUCCACCUCCGAGCACCGCCUGGGCAAGGACUCCCCCUCCAACAAGCUGCUGUACGCCAAGGACAUCCCCAGCUACAAGAGCUGGGUGGAGAGGUAUUACGCCGACAUUGCCAAGCUCCCGGCCAUCAGUGACCAGGACAUGAACGCCUACCUCGCCGAGCAGUCGCGCCUGCACGCCGUGGAGUUUAACAUGCUGAGCGCCCUCAACGAGAUCUACUCCUACGUCAGCAAGUACAGCGAGGAGCUCAUCGGAGCUCUGGAGCAGGAUGAGCAGGCUCGGAGGCAGCGUUUGGCUUACAAAGUAGAGCAACUCAUUGGGGCCAUGUCCUUCGAGAGCUGAAGAAAGGUCACGGGCAGCAAAGGGCAGAGCAUCGCACGGACUCUCGGGAAUUCGGAGGGAGAACAAGCAAGGAAGGCACUGGACACACCCCCUGAGGCUCUUCUGGAGAGAGCAGAGCCUGGCUCAAGGACUGGCUGUGUUCAAAAAUCAUACAGGAUCCAUUUGAAAGGGCAGGAAGGGAAGAAGAUGAAGCAUCUCCAUCACAGUCCAAGCAAGGUGGAUCAUUUUUUUGAGUGUACGCGCAAAGAAGGAACCUGGAAAGUCUGGAUGUCUCCACGACUGCUGCUUUGCAUGAAAAUUGUUUAAUGUAUAUUGGAAAAUAAAACUUUAUUUAAAGGGGUUUUUUUAAAAAAAAAAAAAACAGGAAGAAAAAGGAAAAAAAAUUGAGCAAAAACCACAGAGGCCAUAGAGAUAAUCCUGGCAAGAAGGAUCAGCUCUGAAUCCUGUCCCUGAGAGCCUUCCAAGGACACGGCUCAGGCAUUCUGCAAAUGGACUGUCACACAAUUGGAACAUCUGGAAAACCAAAAUGUCUUCGUUUUGGAUUCUUACAACACAUAGGAGCACAAGUUUGCACCACACCUUUUUACACAAGCGAAAUAGCAGUUUUGCCCAAAAAUAGUCCGGUGGCUGAGUAACUUAGAGGCAUUAGAAGGAACUUUACCUGAAUUGCAAAACCACCAGAUCAUCCGACCUGUCUUGAAAUCCAGCUUUAUCCAUGUAUUUAUAUAGUGUCAAUACAUAUAUUUUUUUUUAAAUCCCAUUUACUGUCGAAUGAGGGAAGAUUUGAAUUUCAUUGCUUUUCCCUUUUCCACUUCCAUCCCACCUCACUGGCUGAUCCAGCAGUGUCCAGCAGUGUCCAGCAUGGCCAUGGUGAUCCAGCAGUGUCCAGCAGUGUCCAGCAGUGUCCAGCAUGACCACAAUGAUCCAACAGUGACCAACACUGAUCCAUUCAGUGUCCACUGCUGGUUCCUGCAGGUGCCACGUGAGCCAAGGCAGAGCUGGGCUGACACCUCCAGGGUGGGUUUUGGGGGCCUCCAGCAUCCAGCUCUGAUUUCUCACAGCAAAACCCCCCAAACCCUGAUGUUUACGGUGACAAUACUUGAAGAGCCUGGAUGCUGGGAGAGCAGAUCUUUGUUGAUUUUCUGCUGGAUGUGCAGUCCUUGGGCACAGGCUUCCUUUGGGUGUCUCCUCCAGCGUUUGCCGCCUCACCCAGGGCCAGGACUUGCAUUUCCACUGGGAAAGGGAGAGAAAUCUCUGCUCCAGGCAAGAGCAAACCUUAACCAGCAGCCCCAGGCCAGCCAGCUCUGCUGUCGUGUCUCUGUGUCGGCGUCUCAUUGUUCUCCUCAGUUCCUUGCUGGCCCCACGGCACACGCUCCUGUGGCCAGGGACAGGCAAAUGUUUGUGAGUGUUAUUUCUUUUCUAAGACACCAAAGCUUAUGUGUGUCCCUUUGUAGAGUGCCAGGAGGGGAAGGAGUGCUGUAAAUAUUUCUCUCUGUAGUAAAUAUUGAUAACGUGUGCAGGCUGCAGUGGGGAGGGCAGGGAGAGGAGGCCUGAUGGAAAUACAAGAGUUGGCUGCAGGAGCUUGGCAAUGGCAGCAAAAUAAUUCCUGGUGUCUGCCCAGGCAGUGUCACACCAGACUGGGACCUUCGUUUGCAGCCAGUGUGUGUUGAAGGAAAAUCCAUUUCCAUCUCCAUCCCCCUCCUCCACCAUUCCUGCCUGGAGGAGCCCAGCAGGGCUCCCAGAGAGCUGCUGGCCUUCUGUGUCCUGCAGUCCAGCACCAGGAGAGGGGAGAAGCACGUAGAGAAAUACUCAGGAAACUUGGUUUAAUUACCAUUCAGUAAAAGCCAUGCCAAGUCCACUUUCUUUUGGUAAUCCACUUCUGUGAGUCUCUCUGAAAAGCAGAAAAUACUGAUGAUAAUAAUCAACCUUGUGCAAUAAGUUCUUGACAUUUGCAGCAGCCUGAGCACUGGAUUUACUGAGACAGGGGGAGAGUGGUAGAAACAGAGACUGAAAGGCAGAGCAGUGUUUGUACUGCCUGUUAUCCAAGAGUUCCCUUCCCAGGGAUCCUGCUCCUGCACGGUGAAUCUCAUUUCUGAGGCAAAAAAUGUGCAAAAGUCCUGCUAAAAGUCAGGCACUGCAGAGCCCAGGAACGUCAUUGGAGCAGUCCCCAGCCUGGCCUGCUCUUUGCUGCAGGUACCCCAGGGCAUGGCACAGGGUCAGCCUUUGAAAUCCUGCAGGUUUUUUGCUGGUUCUGCUCCUGCUGAUCACAGUGAUCCAUCACACAGCUUAGGUAAGGGAUUGCCAGGUCUGUCCUAGCUGUGGUCGUUGGUUUGGGUUCACCAAGUUCUCAUGGUACUCUGAAACCCAAAGAGAGCACUCCAAAAAGUUCCUGAAGGACUUCCAAACGCUUCCAAAUACCAGUCUGGGGAGUUACCUCUGCAGGAUUCACAAAACACGAGUUCAGCCCAAAGCAAAGGCCUGGCUGUGCACCACCUGGGCCUGCUGACAGUGUCCCUGCCCCACAGCCCUCAUGGUGCUCCUCUCUGCAUCUCUUUGAGAGGCUCUUGUGUAGCUUUUCAUCCUCCUGCUUUCCUCCUCCUGCUCCCUCCCCUCUGGCCAGGAGCACCCCCAAGCCAAGGCUUUGUCAUUUCCCUCCCCCGUAUUUUCUCAGCAGAAAUGGAGAUCCCCCCACACCCCCUGGAUUCUCUGGGAGGACAUUAAGGUGGCAAGGGGACAACUGAGUUCAUCUUCUGUGCUGUGGGACGAUUCGAGCAGAGAGAAGAAAAAGGAGGAAGCAGCAGGAGCACUUUGCAAACCAGUAAGCUCUUACACUUCUGACUGAAUCCCAAAGGAAACAGCAAAAACUCCUCUUCCAUCACCUGGAAAAGCUUUGGGAGUACGGCAGAGGGAACAGCACAGUCCUGGCUGGAGGGGAGGCCUAGAAAUACAUUGCCAGGAAUCUUCUCAUGGUGGUUGACAUUAAUUAUGGAUCUUUACAGGCAAUUAUAUGGAUUGAAGCAACAUAUCCCCCUGGGGCAGAGUGCUGGGAAUCUCUUGCCCUGUUUGCAUCCAACAUUUCCAUUCCUCCUUCGGGAGGAGGAAGCUUCAGAUCUCAAAAAUGGCAUUUUCUUCGCACUGGCAGCAAACUGGACUCGAGGGUUGGUCGGGAGGGGGCACUUGCCUUAGAUGAAACGAUUUCAUGUCCCUCUCAUUGCCCCCCUCCUCCUGCAAGGCUGCCCAGAGUUUGGAGUCUCCAGCUCCCUGCGUUUCAGGUAUUCCAACAUCAAAGUGGGAGACGUCACUUGCCGGGAUCUCUCUGCCUGGUGUCACCGCUUGAAUAAUUCCCUUUAAUCUUCUGCUCACGAGCUAUCAAAGCACCCACUCCGAGGGGGAGCGAGGUGCUAAUCAAACGCUUCUCCACCUUGAAAGCCUUUACUAAACCCCACAGAGGAGAGGGGAGCUCGCAGGCACGGCUGGCCCUGCCCGAGCCCCACCAAGGAGCCGCAGCCACCAAAGCCCAGAGGGUGUGGACAGCGAGGGCUCCACACUUUGCCAUAAAGGAUGGGUUUGAAGGGAGGCAGGAGGGAUCAGCACAGCUGGAAACCCUGGGAAAUCCAGCACCCUGGAAACCCUGGAUACCCUGUCUGCAGCAGUGAGGACCCAGAGAAAUGAAACAGCUGCCACGGCCUGGCUGCAUCCCAGCAGCAUCACAGGUGUGGAAUUCCAGGUUUUUCCCUGAGGGAUGGCCGUGGGGACAGCAGUGCCUCCCCAGGGCUGGGGCUGUGACACGCUGGGGACGGUGAGUGCAAUGCCAACCUUCAUCACAGCAGUGCCUUCCACACUCUGUCUUAAAAUCCUGGUGGCCCAUCCCCACGUCAGUGUUCCCUCCGACCUACCACUGGACUCCACAAAAAAUGUCCCAACGUAGGAAACAGUUUGGGUGGGCGCAUGGAGGGCAAAGGCCAGAGGGUUUAGGGCUCUGGGGUUGCAUUCUGCCCACUGCUGGCUCCGAGCUCCUUGUGGGGGUCUUGGUGUUUAAAUCUGUGUGGAAAAAGGAUCAGAGCAUCCCCUCCUGCAGUGGGCACAGCCUCCAAACAAGGUCUCAUUCCCAGAGGUCCCCAGGAGCCAGCAGGGAUGAGGAAGGCCAGGUUGGCACAGGGCAGAGCAGCUCCCAGCACGGCCCCUGUGCUGCUCCAGAGCCUCGAGCCCCUUCCCUGGCAGCAGCCCAGCCACGUUCUCCUGUCACUGGCUGUUCUCCAUCCAGUUUCCUGUGCUGUCAGAGCUCACCUGUCACAGGGACUCAGCUCCCCAAACUAAAUGAAACUGAAAGAGACUGACUUGAAUAAGCUGGGCCAUCAGGGAGAGCUCGCGAGUGGCUGUGCCCUGGAGAGAAGAAAAAAUGUUCCGAGGAGGGGAAAUAACUGACAUCAAAGAUGCAUUAAAAUGCCACAGAGCUUCAGCCAUCCUAUUCCAGAUCCACAUUUGUACCGGGAAUUGCAAGGCAAUAGUGCAGGGAGCUGUGACAUUGUACAGAGAUGUGUGUGAGGAGGAGCUCGGAGCACAGUCCUGUCCUUGCUGCAAACACCCAGCCUGGACCCAAAACCAGAGGCCAGCGGGUCAGAGGCUGAGGGCAAAGCACUGGGGCCAGCUCUGAGGCCACCUGCAUGGGCAGGAUGGUUUGGUUUUACUGACGAGACAUUCAGUGGGGAAACAAUCAGAGUAAGAGAUGUGUGCACAGCGAAGGCACCGCUGGGGAUCUGCUGAGCUGAGCAACCCCAAAUGUGCAGUUUCAGUGCACUUUGGUCGGGUUAGUUUUGCAGGGGAAGAGGAUGGGAGGUUUGCACCAGUUUUGGCUGUCUGGAAGGCUUUGUGAAAGCCCCUUCACCCUGAAAACCCCCAGAUUUGGGUGCUGGUCCUGUUCUGGCCAGGCCUUGGAACAGCAGCAAGAGCCCCAGCUGUGGGUGUGCCUGGUGCCUUCCUGGCUCCUGGAAGAAAACUGGGGCUCUGUGGUGUGUGCCCUGCACCCCAGGGUGCUCUUUGGGGCGCUGGGACCGUGCUGGGGUCAGAGAAGGGGAGGUGGAAGGCUGGGGCAGUGUGGGAUGGCAGAGCCCUCUGCUCCAUGCUGGAAAAGCCACUCCAGCCCCUCCAGGGUGUCUGUGCCCGCCUGGCUGAGGUGGCACCAGCGGUGUUGUGGCCGUGCUGUGAGCAUGGCAGUGUCUCUGUGCUUGUUCUUUCAGAUCCCCCUUUGUCCCUGUGUUUCCCAUCCCUCUCCUUCCUUUGUAACCGUGGAAUAUAAUCCUGAAAAAAUUCCCUUUCUGCAGCGUUGAGGAACACGCCCCAAGGGCCCACAGGGUCCAUCCACUUGCACGGACAAUAUCCCAAAUAUCCCAAACUCCCUGGGCCUCCCAGGGCUGCCAAAUCAAACACCAGAUCUCCUGGAUGGCCUUUCCUUUGGGAUUUUUAAUACCUCUCUUUCGAAUAAGCUUGGAAGUUUAUGUUGUUAUGCAACAGCUUCUCCAGCCGGCGCUCCCCUCCCGAGGACUGGGCACACAAAGGGGCACGAGGAGCCCUGGGGAGGGAAAAAAGCUGAUUUGGCCACGUUAUUCAUGGCUUCAGAAGGUAGAAAUGUCCUUCUCUUACUGCUGAGUUCUGGUGCUGAUGGCACCUUGGAGAAGCAGCAAGGGGAAAGGGAAUGUACAGGUACUAAAACUUCUGGAGUGCCCCCAAAAACGUCACAGAAUGUAGAGGUAUCAGCCAUGGAACAGAUUCUGAUAUUUCCUCUUCCCCUUCUCCUUACAGAGCAACCCCCAGCAGUUUUAGGGGAUUUGUGUGUUGGCAGGAACAAGGAAUUGAUUUGUAUCUGUGCCCAUUCCACCGUAUCCUUCUCUGGCUCCUCCCCUCCCCGUUAUACUUGACACACUGGAGUUCUGUAUUAUAUUUUUUUUUAAGAUGAUUGUCUGUUUUUUGUUGUUUUUACAAGUGUUGUGGAAAAAAAAUGUAAGAAAGUUUAAGUAUUUAAAAAUGUUCCAAGGAAAUAAAAGGGGGUUUUGUUAUUAUUCUAAUAUAUUAUUGUGUACCUAUUGUAAAUAUGAAACACUCCUAUUUUGCAAGCCAAGGACUCACUUUGUACUGUUGUUAUAUAUAAAUAAAGUUUACUGGUUAAAAAACCC